UCCGACGUUUUACACUGUUCCUUGUCAUUACUUGCAGAUAACCCUGACGGUUCACGGCGAUGAAAACGCCUGCUUAACUGUUCUACCCAGUGUAUAGCCAAUGGUUUGUUCUAUAUAUGAGCAUGUGCACUUCAUGCAUGUGGUUUCUUGCAUCGUGGAAGUCCUAUUUGGGAAGGAACCAAGUAGAAGUAAUUACAGAAAAAGGACGAUAUCGGCAUAACGACUGGGCAUUUGCAUAAGAAGCAUCGCAGGACCACCGUGAAGUCAUUGCAAAGACAAUCGCAGGCCCCCCUCGUAUUAACUCGAACUCCCAGCAGCGUCCAAACUGCGACGAGCUGAUUCCAUCAAUUUACCGACUAGAAAAUACGAUGCUAUCCAACCUUCGGUACCUCCCGGUGCAGCUCCUCGCAGUUGCAACUUGCGUCCUUGCUUCACCAAUCAGCCUCACAAGUCGUGCCGUCAUCAACCACGAUGCCGUCGUAGGCUUCCCACAAACAGUUCCUUCCAACAUCGCAGGAAAGUUGUACCUCAAGUACAAGCCGUUCCUUCAGGUCUAUAACGGAUGUGUCCCAUUCCCUGCUGUUAGCGCUGCAGGCGACACUAGCGGCGGACUCGCAACUUCCGGCGACCCCAGCGGCAGAUGCAGCAGCUCCGUGGGACAAGUGUACGCGCGCUCAGGCACACUCAACGGCGCCUAUGCCAUUAUGUAUUCGUGGUACAUGCCCAAGGACUCGCCUUCCUCUGGUCUCGGGCAUCGCCACGACUGGGAGAACGUCGUCGUUUGGCUCAGCUCUCAAUCUGAAACUGCCACUGUUCGCGGUGUCGCUAUCUCCGCGCAUGGAAACUACCAGAAAGAGACGUCGCCACCGUUCUCCGGCACCAGGCCUAAGAUUGGCUACAUGAGUGUCUGGCCUGUCAACCACCAACUCAUUGCAACCGAUAAACAGGGUGGCGAGCAGCCGCUGAUUGCGUGGGAGAGUAUGACGCCUGCGGCAAGGAGCGCCAUUGAAACUACAGAUUUUGGUAGUGCGACACCGUCGUUCAGGGAUAACAACUUCCAGCGCUACCUUGGGGAUGCUUUUAUCUAAUUGCGGAGGGUGCGAUGACCUUGAGUAGUAGGCUUCGCAGUAUAUAUGGGCUCACAAUGAUUAAUGAAACACGGAAUCAAGAACAAAGUUAAUCAUGAGAUAUCCUCUGAGGACCUAUCGAUGUGCGUACAUGUGUCGAUUUUAUGUGUAGGGGAAGAUUAGUCAACAAAGACCCCAGGCUUAGACUAUCCAGUGUGCAAUGCUUUCUAGUAUUGCAUGUUACUCGUAGAUCGAGCUGCGACCACUCGAGCUGUAAGACUUCACCGGUAAUUAAAGUAUCAGAAAGCGAACAG